AUGACUCUCUUCGUCCUACCAAAUGAGCUUUUGCUAGCCAUAGCAGAGACCCAAGUCUCCCAAAAUGACAUAAAUGCAUUUGCAAGAACCAGUCGCCGCUGUUAUAACCUCCUAAACUCCUUCCUCUAUGCAUACAACGUCCAAAAGCACCAAGGGAGCGCACUCCAUUGGGCAGCAAACAGAGGACAACUAAAAACGGCCCAAGAAUCACUCCGACAAGGAGCGGAGAUUGAAUCCAAGGACAGAAAAACAGGAAAAUCGCCAUUGAUACAAUCCAUUCGCUAUGGCCAUACAGACAUUGUUGCGUUGCUGUUGGCACAUGGAGCCAAUCCACGCACUAAAGGCGGCUGGGGAUCCCAAGAUGCAAUUACAUUGGCUGUGAUCCGAAACCGAGCAGCAAUUGCUAGCAUUUUGCUUGAAAACGGUGUCGACGUGAAUUCAAAGGGCUCCAGGGCCAGCUUAUUGCAUCUCGCGGCUGAAAAAUGUCCCAACAGUCGCGAGGCAGUGGCUAGAGUUCUUAUCGAGAAAGGUGCUGAGCUAGAAGCUGUGAAUCUCUUGAAACAAACUCCGCUGCAGGUGGCGUGUCAGUCUGGCUCCGUGGAAGUGGCCCGAUGUCUAAUAGAAAGCGGUGCGGACUUGGAGAUACGGGAUCGAGUUGGAAUGUCGCUCCUGCAUCUGGCAUCCUCCAAUGGAGUUGAGGUCGCUCAGUUGCUGGUGGAGAAAGGAGCAAAUGUUGAUGCAACGGACGAGAAAGGUGAGACACCACUGCAUGUGGCAUGCUGGAAUGGCCGGAGAGAAAUAGCAGCGUUCUUGCUGGAUCAGGGUGCAAAAUUAGAGGCAAGAUCGUUAAAAGGGAACACACCAUUGCUACGGGGGGUACUCUGGGAGACCACUGUAUGCAAAGACCUGAAUUCGCCCUCUGUGGCCGCUCUCCUACUAGAACGAGGUGCCAAUCCGGAGCAGGGAAACGAUUGGAACAUCACACCAUUGCAUUGUGCGACGUCGAAAGAAAGUUCAGGUCUCUGCAAGAUCCUGCUACAAUAUGGCGCCGACCCAGGGUUGAAAACCAUUAAGGGAAUGACACCGCUGCACAAAUCAGCGCAGAAUGGCUCUUUGGACUCCGCAAGGCAUUUGCUGCAGAAAGGCGCUGAUGUACAACCAAAAGACAGAGAUGGCAAUACACCAUUGCAUGUGGCAGUGCAGAGAAAUGAUGUGGAAUUCGUCAAGUUGCUGCUAGAGGCAGGCGCGGGCCGACUGAUAAAGAAUCGCAAGGGUCAAUUGCCUGUACAUCUACUAUCCGAAGCAGUAUAA